AUGUAUAAUUCCGCAUUAUCAUUUACUUCAUUAGGCGCAAACAUUGAUGAAACUAUAACAGGAACUAGAGAUAAAAUAUUGAAUAAUGUUAAUCCAUAUGUUAAAACAUUUCACCAAGCAAGUAAUAUGUUAAGAUCGAAUCAAUUAUUAAAUAUGAAAAUAGUAAUUACAGAUUGCAGAAUAAUAGAUCCCCGAUAUUACAAUACUCUAAGAGCAGUAGAAUUUGCAGUUAUUAUGGUUUGA